CACAGAGAGCGAAAAAUCGGUACCAAAGAUAGAAUAGUCAGCUCAAUGUUCAUAUUUACUACCAAAAGAGAUGGUAGAAGAAAACGUAGAUGCGUGGCGAGAGGAGACAGGCAGAAGCCGAAAACGUACGAUCCGGACGCAGAAAUAUAUACGAUUGCUCACGAAGCAUCAAUUCCAAGUCUGGCCAUUGCCUCAGAACAAGUAUUGGCCAUGAAGCGAUUGGAUAUAACACCCACGUACCUAUACUCUCCAUUGAAAAAAAGAGUUGUAUAUUAAAGCACCAUCUUUCUACGAAUUGAGAGACAAGGUCUUCAGACUAAAGAAAUUCUUAUAUAGACUCAAGCAAUCGGGGUCGAACUGGUAUGAAAUCAUGAAAAAAUACUUAACUGAAGUAUGACACUUAGAAGAAGUCGAAAAAUGGCCUUGUGUGCUAGUGAGAAGAAAUGAAGAAGGCACCUUCAUAGUUGAUCUUGACAUGAUAGUCAUGACAAGUACAGACGAAUUGUAUGGUGAUUUAUUGAUUCACCUACAGGAAAAGUUAUGAAUACCAGAAAGUGACGGAUUCGCUAGUUACUGACAUGAUAGGCUUGGAAAUCAGGUACAAAAGACUUGACAAAAUGCUAACAGAAAUGGAGAAGACAGUCAUUGAGAAAACCCCGAAAUUAAAAAUGCCGCCGCAGGGCAAGAAAAAGAGAUUUGUGUCGCGACAGCCGGUUUAAAGAUUAGAUGUAUCUGACACAGGACUAAACGUGUUCAAAGAAGAGUUUAGUAACAAAGUUAAUCAGUUGCAAAAGAUUGUGGGGUUACUAUCAUAUUUUACUUACAAGUGCAGAUUUGAGUUGUCAAAUUUUGUACUAUAUACGUUCCCAGAAGUACUUGAUUUAGCGGAAAAAUACUUACAACACUGAUGGAACAAAAAUGGGUCAGAUCAUAAAAUCAAGAUAGAUGCAGUAAUAGAUGCAUCUCAUGCUACACAAGUCGUAUAGAAAUCACAGCUUGGA